AUGCGGAAUGAGCUACAGCUCAAGGGGACGACUAGCAGACACACCGCACUUGCACUGGCUAACAACGACUGCACAUCACGACCCAACCUCAUGGAACAUACCCAUGAUGAGGCAGCACACCAACCUACUAAUCAGGACUCCCUCAUGUCCAGCCGAGGCCGCGAGGCCAUACAUACUGACACCAGCUGA